AUGUCUGCAAAUCUACAAUAUAUUCUGGAUGAAAGACAGCAAAUUUGUGAUACCUGUGGAUGCAGUUUCAAGCCCAAAGGCUUUGAUAGUCACCGAAGAGCCUGUGAGCAACGCACGAGAGACUCAGAAGAAGAUGCAGAGCAAUGGGCCUCGAUCACGGCCAUGUCAAUUCAAGAAUGCCAGCCUUGGCUCCCAUUCAGGUGUCAACUCGACUUUGAGGUUGCAGAGUUGGCGCACGAGGCUGCGCUCACCCAUGAACAAACGAUGCUGGCUCAUCCGAAUGGUUCGACUGCAGCAUGGACCGAAGACUUCACCCUUGCUAAUUAUGCGGAUGUUCAGAAUAUGUGGGAAGCAGCAUCGCAUCGCCUGACGCCAGACACUCUUACGGUACCGCUUGGUGACAAAGACAUGGAAUACACUGUACACUUUCGCCCCCUUUGGGAAUGGGCAGUAGAUCUUCUUCGACAUCCUAUCAUCGGCCCUCAUUGUGUUUUCGAUGCUCAGCGAUUAUCGAAAUUUGAUGGAGACUCAUUCGUUCGGUUCAUCGAUGAACUGUGGACUGCGGAUGCGUUCUGGGAAUGCCAGGUGCGUAUUACUUCUCAAAUGCCUCCAGAUGCGAAACCAUUAGCAUUCAUCUUAUAUGCCGACAAGGCGAAGUUGUCGUCAUUCGGGCGCGAGAAGGGCUAUCCUGUAAUCGCUCACUUAGCAAACCUUCCCGUCGCCAUCAGAAACAGAAAAGGGUUGGGUGGGGGACGAGUUGGAUGGCUCCCACUGAUCAAAGAUGACCCAAAGCACAAAGGUACACCACGAUUUGCUAAUUUUAGAGCAGCUGUGUGGCACACGGCCUUCAAGAAGGUACUUGCAUCAAUUGUACUGCCUUUGACAAGUGGUCGAUGGGCGAAUUGCUGGGACAACAUUGCGAGGCUCUUUUACACGCUUGUUUUGAUACUGUCCGCAGACUAUGAGGAACAGGCUAUAAUGUCACUCACUCAUGGCGUUAUGAGCAACUUUCCAUGCCCGAUCUGUCUAAUUCCUGAGGACAAAUUAUCUUCCAUCAUGCCGCACAACUACCCUCUUCGCACAGGCCAAGCGACAAGCACCCUUUUAAUCGAGGCAAGGGCAGAGCAUUGCAAAGGAAGGAGGGAGGCGAUACUUAAGAGCCAGGCCGUUCGUGAUGUUGAUAAUGCAUUUCAUGACAUGAAUCACAAGACUACUGAUGUGCACCGCGCACUAUCUCAUGACCGCUUGCAUGUCAACAUUCUCGGUUUCUUCAAAGACCACAUGUGGUCUGAACUACAACUACUUAUUGGCCUUUUGGGACGUGACAAAGUUGCACAAGUUGAUGAGAAUUUUGAUGCACUGCCACGCUGGUGGAACUUAAUUCAUUUUGAUGCCGUGAUGGCCAUAACAUUCACCGAUGGAAGUAAAUACGAGGUUAUUUUCAAGAACUGGUCCUUCCUGAAGAAGCAUCUAGUUGCCCACUUGUUUGAUGACAUCAUGGCCAAGGGAGCGACUCGCAAUUACAACACUAUGCCGAAUGAAAAGUGUCACGGUCCCCUCAAGGCAUCAUAUCAAUAUCAGACUAAUUUCAAAGAUGUUGCACCACAGAUUUUACGUGCAGACCACUGGUCUCUUGUUUCUGAGUUCAUCCGCAGUCGAGUGGAUGAACUAGAUGCAUACAACACUCAGAUGGCCGAAGACGAGACCGACCCUGAUACUAACAUUCCAUCCAACUUCCACAUCAGAUUCGGAUCGAAGCAACCGAAAAAGUCACUUGAGACAAUCAAGGAACAACAUGUCGACAAUCCUUCUUUUAGGCAUUUCUGCAGGAAGCUCAACACAUUUUUAAACGCUUUGCCUGCUGUUACACAGCAUGUGAAUAUGUUACCGUUUGACAAUCACUCACACAUGACUCAUCCUGAGAAGAUAACAGAGUUUCGAUUCCUCAAGGUCAACUAUGAGUCACUGGUUGACUUCUGCCAGACCACGGACUAUCUUCGUUGCAGCCCGAGCUUCCACAAUCUUCCCCGAUACAACUGUGUCAUCGUCAAUACCACAACUGUCGGAAGGCAUCUCCAGAAGGACAAACACCUGAAGUGUUGGCGUGUUAGACAGAGGGAAAUGGCUAGAGUUGCUCUCGCUCCCGAUCCCACUACAGUUGGUGACUUUCUUGUUAUGGAUACAGUAGACAGUGACAUCUUUCUGCGCAUGAAGCAAAUGCACCUGGCAGCUGGGCACUGA